AUAAUGCAGCUACUUGCUAAUAACUCGAUGUAGACAAAAUUACUUCCUAAGAAUGGUAAUUGGUCAAAAUGACAUGGUCCAGAUCAGAUGUGUAUAUCCAUGCAGCAAACGCUAGCUAGCUGCUGAAAAUCACGUGGAAAAUCCUAAACUUCUCACUUGCUAAAAUUCAGGUGACGUAUAAUGAAAAACAAACAACAUUUCCCACGAGUCUCUAGAGAUCCAAUUUCCCCGGAAAAUCUACACGUGCCGCGAUUAAUUCGAAAUCCCGAGGAGAAAUAUUGACCAUGUCCCAAGAGAAGCCAGACGCUUACAGCCAGACCCAGUCGCAGCCUCAGACCCAGUCCCAGAGUGGCUCCAGCUCCUCUGUUCCAGGCUCUGCCAGCCAGUCAUCCUCUGGGUCUGGCACAGUCAGUUCAGUGGACACCAUCCCUGUUAGGGACCUGGGCUCCAUACCAGAGGAGCCUGAGCCACAGCCCUGGGGCCUCCUGCUGCCUAUGCAGAGAGGCUUCAGAGCCCACAACUGUGUUGAGGACGACGCUUGGUUUGGUCGGCACACUAAAUGCAACUAUUCCUUUGAUGUCCCCAUACUGAGGGAAUCAUCCAGAUUUGCUGCAUACAGCAAUAAACAUUUUAGGAUAUUCCGAGAGAAGAACAUUGUCUAUGUCUUUGACAACAGUAACAAUGGCACGUUUGUUGACGGUAACGUUAUUGGAAAAGGAAAAAUGUUGCCACUAGCAAACAAUGCAGUGUUGUCCCUUGCUGAAGAACGCCACAAAGUGUUUGUGUUCAUUGAUCUCAUGGCGGAUGAGCAGUCCAACCUACCCAAAGAGUUAAGCGAGAAAUACAUGAUUACCAAAAAGAUUGGAGUUGGUGUGUGCGGGGAAGUGAAGCUGGCUUUUGAGAGGGCCACUUGCAAAAAGGUGGCCUUGAAGACUAUUAACAAGAAUGAUUUCCCGGCAUCUGUUGGCACUGCCACACGAAGUGCAGAAAGAGAGAUCCAGAUCCUUCAAAAGAUUGACCAUCCAUGUCUGAUCAAAACAAAAGACUUCUUCCAAACAGAUGACUCAUACUACAUUGUUCUAGAGCUCAUGGAGGGUGGAGAACUCUACGACAGGGUCAAAAGCAAGCAACAGAUCAAGGAGCCAAUUGCCAAGCUAUAUUUUUACCAGAUGUUGAAAGCAGUAGAGUACCUUCACAACAAUGGCAUCAUCCACAGAGACCUCAAACCUGAAAAUGUGCUGCUUUCGUCUCACGACGAUGUUUGCGUCAUCAAGAUCACAGACUUUAAUCAGUCCAAGAUACUGGAGGAGUCUGCCCUGAUGAGGACCCUUUGUGGAACACCCACAUACCUGGCACCAGAGGUGUUCACAGACGCAGUCACUGUGGGCUACAGCAGGGCUGUAGACGCCUGGAGUUUAGGGGUCGUCCUGUUUGUGUGUUUGGCAGGCUAUCCCCCAUUCUACCCUGAUGCACGAAUUGGUUUGUCAGUCAGUGAUCAGAUCACCCAGGGAAUAUAUACAUUUAUUCCAUCAAAAUGGGACGGCAUCUCCGAUGAUGCCAAAGAUGUUGUAAAGAAACUGCUUCGAGUGGACCCCAAUGUCCGCCUCACCAUUGAGGAGGCUUUACAGCAUCCCUGGCUGAUGGAUGAGGCAAUGAAGGAGACCGCUGAAGGCAUCAUGUACCCCAAGGACUCCAGAGAUGCCGAUGGCACAGCAGACUCUGGAGAUGCCACAGUAGCCUCAACCGGAAAGAGGUCAAGAGAAGAUGAGGAAGAGCAGCAGCCAACCAAGAGGUGACCAGGCCCAUCCACAGAGGCAACAUGAUCCACAUUCCACCCUCGUUACCCCAUUGGAGACUCCCCUGAUAUUUUUCUUCUGGCAAUUGGGCCUACUUUAAAUCAGUAUAUUGCAUUUCAUCACGCAUCACUGUAAUCAUUCCCAUAAUGUCCCUGUUCAGGAUACUGGAAUUUACUUGAUUACUGCAUGUUGAGUUCCAACUCGUGGGCACAUGCGGCGCUAGCUCCACAUUGUUACGGUGGUGAUAUGUGAAUGCUUCCAUACAGCAGUUAUACAUUAGCUAGUGUAAAGCAUAGCAGGCCAAUUUUCAACUAUCCUGUUCUUGGCGAUACUUUUCUCCAGAAUUGAGAUGGACAAAAGUAUCUUCUCGAUGUCCAGUUGCAGGUGGUUCUCCAAAAAUAUAUUAAAUCCACGUUUGCACCGAGUGAGGAGUUCCCUCGCCAUUUUAGCUGCAUCUUGCGUUUCCCCAAGAGCUUUGCAGGAACUAGAUGUUUCUAUGUGACACGGCCACAUGUAGAAGUAGGUGACGGCGCGUCACACAGUGAGACCAAAACAAAGAUCUGCAGACAUGCAAGAGGCAUUUGCAUUUCUCACUCGAUACAAAACGAUGAUUUAAUAUUUGUUUGAAUAUUCAUUUUUUUAGGGGGGAACCACCUGCAACUGGACAUUUAUAAGAUGUACUUUUCUCCCAUAUCAAGAACAAAAAAAGUAUCACCAAGAACAGGUUAGUUGAAAAUUGGCCUGCUAUGCCUUACAGCCGCUACACAUUAGCUAGUAUAUGGAAGCAUUCAUAGAUCAGCACAACAAUGUGGAGCUAUACUGGAAAUUGCCUCCUGUUUUGUAAAUAAUUGUUUUUGUACAAAAAUGUUAUUUACCACUGGGUUUUUAUUGUUGUGCAUUCCAUAAUUCCUGACUUGUAUAUCAUUAAAAAAAAUCUUACUCUAUUGAACAUCUUCA